GUUGGCAGGAUGAGCACACAGAGGCGCUAACAGAGCAUUCAACAGUUCCGCUGCAGGUCAGAUGCACGCUCGAGCUGGACGGACUGAUCUAAACGGAAGCUGCGUGAGUUUAACGGGAGGAUAUACUCAAUAAAGUAACAUUCCUGUCGCUUCAAGAAGAGAAGGGGCGAAAUAAAGAAUGACAGAUAUAAUGAACAACCCAGAACACAGUCGGGAAGACUUCACUGUGAGUGACACCGCAGAGCAAGGCGUUUCAUUUCAGAUUUUCCCAGACACACAGGAGCGCCACCCCAAGGUGUUCAAGCGCUUGCCCUCCAUCGUAGUGGAGCCCACAGAGGGAGAGGUGGAGAGUGGAGAGUUACGUUGGCCUCCAGAUGACCUGAGAAGCACAGACCCUUCCGGCCAAACACACACACCCAUGUCCGCUUCACAAACCCAGAUAUCACACAGCCAGAGUACAGAUGAAGUCAAGUGCAGCAGCCUGGAAACAUCAGGGGCAGCUGAGCAUAACUGAAAUCUAAUAAAUACGUUAAUAAAUAAGUCUAUCAUUAUCACAAGUCUUGGUUCUCACAACAUUUUCUCACAAAGCAACACAAGCAGCCAAUCUGGCAGACAGGUGUGAAUAAGAAAAGAGCUCACAAUGCUACAUCUAAGCACUCUUCAUAACACAUUCAUGGCUUUAAAAAGACACUUGAAAGUCUUUUGUACUUUUUAAGAUUAAACUUGUGAUACAUUUUAUCCGUGGAAAGUGGCUUUAACAGUCUUACAUUCCCUUCAGACUUGAAGGCUUAGUUUGUUUUUCCUGAUGCAGAAAUUCUGGUUAUAAAACUGCUGCAUCCAUGUACAGUAUUCUCUACAUUUAUGUCUGAGAAUAUACUGAAAAUGUGUAGAAUAUGGAUGACAUCCAAAAAAAAAAGAAAAAAAGAAUUUUAUGGGCAGUUGAAAAAUAUGAAUGUGCAGAAUAUUGUUCAAAAUAAAUUUAUAAAAAACACAGUUCCUGGAUCUCAAGUAAGAAAUGUACGGUCAGAUAGCCAGUAUUGCCUUAUGUUUUGACCAGCUGAUUAUAUUAGUUCACUUAAUACAUGGCUACUUAUCAAAUAAAUGUAUGUACAAUUUUGAUUUAAUUAAAUUAAUUUAAUAUGUGAGAAAUAUAAGAUCAUAAAGUGAUACAAAAUAGUAUUUGGACACUUU